GUAUUAAUACGCUUCAACAAGCAGUUGGUCAACGCGGGUCAAACCCUUUAAAGGGUUGUUGCAGCGUACAAAUUAAUUGUUCCCUGCAAAAACGUUUGUUGCAGCGUACGUUGUAAAAGCCCCCUGCAAUAGCCCGUUACUGUUGCAGCGUACGUCCUAAAGCCCCCUGCAAUAACACAUUGUAAAAGUCUUUCGCUACAACCCAACCAGGUUUAGUUCAAUUUAGACCAAAUUAAUUAAAAAAACUCUAGAUCUAAAAUUUCAUACUCCCACCUCUCAACUCCCUUCUUCUUCCCUCAGCUUUACUGCGUCGCAAUCAAUGUAACUUCCUCGUCGGUGGUUCUCGCCUCCUCGCCAGUCGCCGAUCUCCUCUACGGACCGGCAAACACCACACUCAGCGGCGGACGUGAGGGCAUACCCAGACGACCACGCACACUUCUUUUUCUCUCUCCUCUCACCUAUACCGGAAAAUAAAACCCUAGAAGUCAUGGGGAUGUUCCCGUGUUUCAAUUGCUCAAUAUUCUGACAAAUUCGUUCCAAAGUUAGCAGGUCAAGGAGGUUUCAGAAGAUUGGAGUUGGGGUUCCCAUCUGCUGCAAAAGAAAUUCAUUGAUUGAUUUUGAGGAAAGAACAAGCGCAAAUGAGGGAUUGUUCUUCUGCUACUUGUUUGAGGAAUCGUAGUGUUGAAGCUCUUGCUACUGCUUGCCUUGUUCAGGCUAUUCGUGAGGCCCAGGAGCCCCGUACCCUUCAGGAAAUCUCAAUAGCGGCGAACCUCCCUCAGAAAGAGAUUGGAAAGUAUAUCAAGAUCCUGGGUGAAGCUCUACAACUCAGUCAACCAAUUAAUAGCAAUUCUAUAGCUGUACAUAUGCCUAGAUUUUGCAACCUUCUCCAGCUUAAUAAAUCCGCUCUGGAACUUGCAACUCACAUUGGAGAAGUUGUGAUAAACAAAUGUUUCUGUACGCGUAGGAACCCUAUAAGUAUAUCAGCUGCUGCUAUUUAUCUGGCCUGUCAACUAGAAGAUAGACGCAAGACGCAGGCAGAAAUUUGUAAGGUAACAGGUCUCACUGAGGUCACACUCAGAAAAGUCUAUAAAGAGCUGCUUGAAAACUGGGAUGAUCUUCUACCGUCUAAUUAUACUCCAGUUGUCCCUCCUGAAAAGGCAUUCCCAACUACUACUAUAGCAUCCGGCCGUUCUGUAACCCCUAGAGCCGAACCACCAGAAAUUCCUACUUUAGACCGGGAGAGCAAGCAGCCCAAAACGAAUCAGAUUUCCGAGACAACUCACGUGGACAGGGUCAAGGGAGAGAAUGACAGCAAUACCCCCAGUACAAAAAAGGUCUACACUCCGAGGAUUGCGCCUUAUGCGAGGAAUUUGAUGUGGUUCGUGAGCAAUGGGCUAAGUUUUUUACCAACAAGUAUUUAUUAUUGGCUUUAGCGCGCUUGAUCGAGUUGGUUUAGUUGUUAUAGAAUAAAUUUUAUAUUAAAAUGUAUGUUUAUGUUGAAAUUGGAACAUAUAUUUAAAUGUAAUAUGUGCACUUUGGUUUUGGGAUAUAUAGUAUACAAAACUCCAGUUGUUGUUUUUA